AUGGCACACAAAUUUGAAGUGACAGAGCACCAAUGGACAGAUGUAGAAACGUUAAUACAAUUGCUUAGACCUCUACAAAUUAUGACCACUGUUUUUUGUGGGGAAAAAUAUUGUUCCAGUUCAAUGGUUAGGCCUCUUUUAAACGUAGUUAUACAAAAGCAUUUAAAGCCUAAUAUAAGUGAUGAUGAAAUAUCAGAACAUUUUAAAACCACUGUAAUAAGGGAACUUUUGGAUCGUUUUAAAUUACUGUGGUGUCAUUCUAGUGUCGUGUCUGCUAGGCAAAUAGCGUCUUUUCUCGACUCAAGGUUCAAGGACUUAGAACAUGAAACGGUUGAAGCAAGAGAAGAAAUUCGGAAGGAAGACACGUGCAUCAAAAUAUCCACUAAUUGUUGCUUUAGCGAGGAAAUAUUUAGGGAUACCUGCAACAUCUGUAAGUUCUGA